AGUCCUUCACGCUGUCAACAACAUACGCACGUGGUUCCUGCUGUUAGAGUCGUAAUAUACAGACUUUUCUUAAACUGUUUGUUGAUUUAGUCGAUCAGUCAUGCAGCUGUGCGGAGUUUGUAGCGAGCUUGUACCUAAAUACAGAUGUCCGGCCUGCAGAAUCAGAUACUGCUCGGUGAGUUGCUUCAAAAGGCACAAGGAAGAUGAUUCAUGUGAUCCAGUUAAAGAAUCAGAUCCAGCCUCCAGCAAACCAGCAGCGGUCAGCACAGCCGAAGAGCCGUGGACUGUUGAGGAUCUGCUGGAUGAAGACAGUCAGACUGAUAAAGUGCCGUUACAGAGACUUCAGCAGCUCGGUGAUUCAGAAGCAUUGAAGGGUCUGCUGAGGAAUCCUCACCUCCGCCAGCUGAUGAUGUCAGUGGAUUCAGCUGAAAAUAAAGCCAAGGCCAUGAAGGACGCCAUGCAGGAGCCGCUGUUUGUGGAGUUCGCUGAUCAGUGCUUGAAGAUUAUUGAGCCUUCAGAAACAGACAAUAAUGAGGAUGAUGAUGAUGAAUACUGAUCUUAACUCUCACAUAUGGACUCAUUCUGAUUUAACAGACUGAAAUACGGUCAGUCCAAUUGUGGCUGAUGGUUUUUUGUGUGUGUUUUUUUACAAAUUGUUUUGGUAAAUAAAUAAGUUUUGAAUGCAAA